UCGUUCCUCCUGCCAUAUCCACCGCACUUGCUGCUGUCGCGAAGGAGCUAACCGUUGGGAAAGCACGCCAACCCUUAACUGCAGGCUGCCUUGCGGCCCCACAGCAUUGCUGGGCUUCCCACUCUUGCACGGCUGGGCUACAAUUGUUCGCAUCACUGCGCAAAGAGCCGCAAUGGUGUAAUCUCCACGCGAGGUUCCUCAUUCUGUUUCCAACGCGCUCACCACUCCGACCCCCUUGGCGUUGGACCUUUCUUUUGUUCCCGCUGUGCCACACCUUUGGUUACAGGCGCCAUUGACGAUGCUGGUUGGCAGUCCCGGCAGCAGCGGCAGCGGCCACUCCAUCCGGCUAGGCACCAACGAAGACGCCUCACAGCACAUGCCCGUGCUCUUCCCCACCUACGCCCAGCUGCAGCAGCAGCAGCAGCAGCAGCAACAGGGGCAGCAGCCGCAGUAUGGGCAGCAGGGGCAGCAGCGGCAGCAACCGCAGUACGGGCAGCAGCAUGUGCCUGACGUGCGGCGGGGUGCAGCGCAGCAGCCGGCGGCGGCGUUGCGGCCGGCGGCGCAGGUGAAGAUGCGGGUGGGCACCAACGAGGACUUUUCGCAGUACAUGCCGCCCAUCCACCACGGCACCGCCGCCUCCGCCGCGCCGCAAGCCAGCCCGUUCGGCGCGGCGGACGUGGCGUCGAUGCUGGGCUCGCGCGUGGACGCCAUGAGCCUGUCGCCCGGCGGCCCGCCCAGGCGGACCAGCUAUGAGGCAGGCCCCAAGUCCACCCGCGACGCGUCGGCGGCGGUGGAGCGCUCGCAGUCGCACGACAGCCACGGCCUCGUCGCCGGCCCGCGCGGCAGCGCGCCCAUGGCGGGCCCGCCGGGUGGCAGCCCGAGGAAGGACGGGUUGGCGCCGGGGAUGGCGGGCUCCCCCUCGUACCGCGCGGACGGCGCGCGACCCCUCGCCUCCGACAGAGGCCUCGGGUUUCCAUCCGCGCAAGGCUCUCAGGGCAUCCGCGUGGGCCCGUACGCUCCGCGCUCCGCUCACUCCGCCAGCCCGCCAGGCGCGCAGGUGGCCGCGGGGAUGGGGUCGGGCGGGGGGAUGGGGUGGGGCGCGGGGAGGCAGCAGCAGGCGCCGAUGCCGCUGCCGACGGGGCGGCAGGCGUCGGGGGGGGCGUCGUGGGACAACAUGAACAACAUGAGCGCGGGGUCGUCGUGGAGCGAUUUCGACACGCGCUCCAUCGGCAGCGCGGGGGGCAGCAGCGCGCGCCUCACGGAGGGCGGGGGAGGCGCGGAGUGCCGGCAGUUCACGCUGGCGCAGCUGGCCGCCGCGACGGACAACUUCAGCGACGCCAACCUGCUCGGCCGCGGCGCCUUCGGCAUGGUGCACAAGGGGCGGCUGCUGGGGUGCCAGGUGGCGGUGAAGCGGCUGGAGGGGGGCGGGUGGCAGGGCCCCAGCGAGUACCGCAUGGAGGUGGAGGUGCUGUCGCGCAUGCGCCACCCGCACAUCGUGCUGCUCAUGGGCCACUGCCCCGACGCCAUGUGUCUCGUCUACGAGUACCUGCCAGCUGGCUCGCUUCAGGACCACCUCAACCCGGCCGGCCGCACUGGAGCCGGGCGGCGGGCGUUGUCUGUGGCGGAGCGCGUGCGUGUGGCGAGUGAGGUGGCGUCGGCUCUGCUGUUCCUGCACCACCACGACCCCCCCAUCGCCCACCGCGACCUCAAGCCCGACAACGUGCUGCUCGACGCCAACCGCGGCUCCAAGCUCGCUGACGUUGGCCUCGCGCGCCUCAUCGCCGACGACGACAACGUCACGGCGCGCGUGCGCGGUACGGCGGGGUACAUCGACCCGGAGGAGGUGGUGACAUGCGAGAUCAGCGUGCUGUCGGACAUCUAUGCACUGGGCCUCAUCAUGCUGCAGCUGCUCACGGGCGAGCCGCACGUCAAGGGCGUGCAGCGCCUGCUCGUGGACCUGGUGGGCAGUGGCGCUUACAACUCCGGCCCCAGCGGGCUGGCGCGCGCUGUGGAUGUGGUGCUGGCGCGCCUCGAUCCCUCGGCGGGCGAGUGGGAGCGCGACGUGGCGGCACAGUUUGCGUCCUUGGCGCUGCGUUGUGCGGACCGGCAGAGGGCGCGGCGGCCCGACCUGGACCGCGAGCUGCAGCCGGCGCUGGUGGCCCUGGCGGAGCGAUGUAGGGAGGCAGUGGACAGGAGGAGGGGCCACAUGGACUCGCAGCUGCUCUGCCCGCUCUCCCAGGAGCGCAUGAGUGACCCGGUGGUGGCGGCAGACGGCUUCACGUACGAGCGCAGCAGCAUAGAGGAGUGGCUCAAGACGCACGACUCGUCGCCCGUCAACGGGCAGCCCUUGCCGCACAAGUUCCUCACACCCAACAACACGCUGCGCAUGCUGCUCAACACACAGGGGUAGAGGAUACCUGCCACGCGUAAUGUUGGGUGGUGGGCCACUCUUUGUGUUGGGUUGGGUGGUGGAGCAGUCCCUGCGCUCCUGGGGGAAGUGCGUGUUGCAAGGCAACAGAUUGGUGGAUGGUUGCUUGUAGGGCAGCUUAUCAGGGGUGGUUUGGUUUAUCAAUAUGUGGUGCAUUAGUUGAGUGUUUCUGAGAAUGCUGUGGAAGCUGUCACGUUCAUGAUUUGCAUGCUGUUGGGAUUGCGAGUUAUUUGUACAGUAGGAGAUUACAGUGAUUUCGUAGCAGGCCCCUAGACUGGACUUCAGGCAUUUUGAUUGCAGGGCUCACC